AUGGAAUUGAUGGAAGGUCUUUUGGACAGUGGCCGCACAAUUUACACUGACAACUGGUACACGAGCGUAUCAUUAGCCAAAAGACUAAUUGACCGAAAAACGCAUUUAGUUGGUACAAUUAGAGCAAACCGCAAAGGUAAUCCUCAAGAAGUAAUAAAGGAAAAGUUGAAUCGAGGUGGAAUUGUAGCUCGGCAAGAUAAUGACAAAACUGUAGUCCUGAAGUGGAAGGAUAAGAGAGACGCCAUCACGCUAAGCACCAAACAUGAUGAUUCUACCGUUACUUUAGCAAAGAAAGGAAAGGAAGUUAUUAAACCGAAAGUAAUUGUUAACUAUAAUCAGGGCAAGGCUUUUAUCGACUUGUCGGAUCAAAUGUCAGCAUACGCGCCUUGUCUAAGGCGAACUUCAAAAUGGUACAAACGCCUAGUGUUUCAUCUCAUUACUGCUACAACAAUAGUAAACGCGUUACAUCUUUACAAGAAAAAAAUCAGCAUCACCACUUUCAAAGAAGAGGUAGUUUCAGGUCUCAUUGAAAACGACGAAAAACUUAAUACUGUUUCUCGUCCUUCCACGUCAAGAACGCAACGCUGCACGUUGAAGGAAGUGGAAGGCCAAAAACGAGUUACUCGAAAGAGAUGCACUAUGCUACAGCACCAUGUCAAUGGCUUACAAUGCUGCGUACGCCCGAAAAAAUGCGAAAAAGGUCAAUACAAUUUGUGUACCGUGUAA